AUGGAUGCCUGCGUAGAGCCCGCCGCCGCCGUCCGCCACCCCACCGCCGCGGCAAAGACCGGCCUGAAGAGGAAGCGCAUCGCCGUCGGGAGCACGGAGCUGUAUGAGUUCGACGAGACCAGCCGCCUCGGCGCGGGUGCCUUCGGCGCCGUCUUCAAGGCCCGCCACCGCGCCACGGGCCAGAGCGUCGCCAUGAAGCGCCACAGCACGGCCGACGGCGGCCACGCUACUCUGCUACGCGAGGCGCGCUUCCUCGAGGACGCGUGCUGCGGCGGCGCCAACCCAUUCGUCGUCGGCUUCCACGGCGUCGUCCGCGACCCGGUCACCUGGCAGAUGUGCCUCAUUAUGGAGUGCGUGGCGAGCAGCCUCCACGACCUCCUCCGCCAACGCCCCCGCGGGAGCCCGCCGCUGCCCGAGGCCAACGUGCGCGCCGCCAUGUGGCAGCUACUUUCGGGCGCCAAGAAGAUGCACGACGCCCACAUCAUCCACCGCGACAUCAAGCCCCAGAACAUCCUCGUCGACGAGCCAGAGCAUCGUGAAGAUCUGCGACUUUGGGCUAGCCAUAUCCACGGACGAGCGGCCCCCGUAUGA